GUCUCUUUAUCUUCCCUAAAUAAGGGCGUUAUCGCAUUCCUAGCUUCUUCUGGUCUUGCGUCCGGGGUUCUGGUUACUCUUUCCGUUUUCAGCAUCGCUUGCUGUCAUCUGUCAAUUGCCUGCGUAUUCCUCUACAAUAAAAGUUUAGCCUAUCCUCGCUGGCUGCGGACACGUACCUCCUUAAGGAGCUUGCUAUGCGCCGGAAUUCAUCUCCGCUUGAUUGGACAUUCCUCUUCCAUCUCUAGCAGAUUUUAUUUUACCUGGCUUCCAAAUUUAUACGAUCAGCUCAGUCGGCUGGGUCUCUGCUUUGCCUCGAUUGCUCUUGCUUUGCUAUCCCUUACUGGUUUUUCUCCUGCCUUAAUAACGCUUGAUCAUGAUUUCCAGCGAAUUGAAGCCGGCGCGGCAGCUGAUAGCUUCCUGACCACUCUAGUCGGUUGGCUUCCCGCGGGAGCACGAAUGAUCGCUUCCAUUCUUUUAGGCGUCGCUAGUUUAGCUUACGCGCUUCCAGUGCUGAUUCGUUUGCCCGGAAAAGUGAAUGAGUCGAGUAUUUCAGACAAUAACGCUUUAAACACUGGGAAGAAUUGGCAAGUGAAAGUGAGUUGA